UGAAAGCCAGCGUACGUGCUCCACGUGACCGUGUCGUAUAAGACCUAGCUGCCGGCUCUGCCCUCUUCAGCUGCUUCUCUCGGGUGCCCCCUCGCCCCGGCGCCUGGGCUCCCUGCGCUCCACACCUACCGAGUCCCUGCCUCCCCAGCAACCUCCACUGCCGGCACCAUGACAGAUCAAUCUUUUGUGACUUUGUCAACAAAUGACUCCUAUGCCAGAGGAGCUUUGGUGCUCGGCUCUUCACUGAAACAACACAGAACGACCAAAAGGUUAACAGUGCUGAUAACCCCGCAGGUCUCUGAGUCUAUGAGGAAAGUUUUAGAGAAGAUUUUUGAUGAAGUCAUCCUGGUUGACAUCUUGGAUAGCAGGGAUUCAGCUCAUCUAACUUUAAUGAAAAGACCUGAACUGGGUGUCACAUUAACCAAACUCCACUGCUGGUCACUGAUUCAGUAUUCAAAAUGUGUGUUCAUGGAUGCAGAUACUCUGGUACUGACAAAUAUUGAUGAGCUUUUUGAGAGAGAGGAGUUAUCAGCAGCACCAGAUCCAGGAUGGCCUGACUGUUUCAAUUCAGGAGUCUUUGUUUACCGACCUUCCAUUGAAACAUACAAUCAGCUGUUGCAUAUGGCUUCUGAACAAGGAAGCUUUGAUGGUGGGGACCAGGGUUUGCUGAACACAUUCUUUAGCAGUUGGGCAACAACAGAUAUCAAAAAGCACCUGCCAUUUAUUUAUAAUCUAAGCAGCAUUUCUAUAUACUCCUACCUCCCAGCAUUUAAAGCGUUUGGGGCAAAUGCAAAAGUUGUGCAUUUCCUGGGACGAAUUAAACCGUGGAACUAUACCUACGACCCCAAAACAAAAAGCGUCAGGAGCGACUCUCAUGACCCUACUGUGAUCGACCCACAAUUCCUCACCAUGUGGUGGGAUAUCUUCACCACCAACAUUCUGCCUUUACUCCAGCAUUUUGGAGUUGUCAAAGAUACCUUCACAGCCCUUCACGCGCUUUCGGGUUUGGCCUAUACUCUGGCUUUCUCUUGUGGCUUCUGUAGAAAGGCGGAAGUCACAGAUGCAAUGUUGCAUAUGUCCAUCGGGGACCUCAGCCCUCCCCCCCAACCAUUUGUAUCCUCAGAAGAACGUAAGGAGCGGUGGGAGCAAGGCCAGGCUGAUUACAUGGGAGCAGAUUCCUUUGACAACAUCAAGAGGAAAUUGGACACUUACCUUCAGUAGAAAAUACCUCCAUUUUCUCUGUGCAAACAUCGGCUACACAGGACUGGUUCUGGAUAAUUUAGCAUCUAGAAGUGUUUUGAGUAUGGUUGUUAUGGUUGCUAGCGGCUUUGACAGAAGCUCUACGUUUGAAGGUUUAUAGUACUAAAUGUGAAAACUGGACAAAAGUCAAGAAGUAAAAAGCUCAUUUUCUAGUCAAUUAAUUGCUGAGGGACUCUGCCCGAUCAUUCAGAGAAAACUUAAGAAAUUUUCUAUUUAAUGCCAAUUACCAAUAAAUCUGAGAGGGAAUGAAGCCAUUAAGCUAUCUAUCUGCUUCAGCUCCUGAAACCUGAAGAGCUGAGUUCCAAUCAGUUCCUCUCUUAUUUGCCUUGCUCUUUUUCCUAUAGUAGAUAGAUAUUUCAGGAUUGAUCAGACUUCCCUCAUGGUCCCAAUUCUUCUUUUACAGAAAAACAAUGUAACAUUGUCAAAUUGAGUCACAGAUUUAUUAAAUGCUUCCACAAAUGGUGACACACCCUUUUUAUCUCUUUAAGAAACUGAAGUGUUUUUUUUUUUCCUGUUUUUUUUUUUUUUUCCUGUUUGUUUUUGUUUUUUACCAGUUUUCUUUGUACAGUAAGGUAGCAUGCUGGAAGACAGUUCUAUACAUUUUGGGGAUGAGUGAAUUUUCUGAAUGCUUACCUCCAGUGGCACUAUGUACAAAAAAAUAAACACAUAACAGUGAA